UUCCGCUCUACUGAAAGCAACACCUGGUUAAAAAAUGGCGGACGCAGCUCCAGCCCGUGGUGGAUUUAGAGGAGGAUUUGGUUCUCGCGGCGGUGGCCGUGGACGAGGUGGUGGUCGCGGACGUGGUCGGGGCCGUGGACGCGGUCGUGGUGGCAAGGAAGACUCCAAGGAAUGGGUUCCGGUUACCAAGCUGGGCCGUUUGGUUCGCGAUGGAAAAAUCCGCACCCUGGAGGAGAUCUACCUGUACUCACUGCCGAUCAAAGAGUUCGAAAUUAUCGACUUCUUCCUAAGCCGCUCGCUAAAGGAUGAGGUGCUUAAAAUUAUGCCCGUCCAGAAGCAAACCCGUGCCGGUCAGCGUACACGUUUCAAGGCCUUUGUUGCUAUCGGCGAUAGCAAUGGACACAUCGGUUUGGGCGUCAAGUGUAGCAAGGAAGUUGCCACAGCCAUCCGGGGUGCGAUCAUUCUGGCCAAGCUGUCCGUUGUUCCGGUCCGUCGAGGCUACUGGGGUAACAAAAUCGGUAAACCCCACACCGUUCCAUGCAAGGUCAGCGGCAAGUGCGGUUCCGUCUUGGUGCGUUUGAUUCCUGCUCCACGUGGUACCGGUAUUGUAUCGGCUCCGGUUCCCAAGAAACUGCUGCAGAUGGCUGGUAUCGAGGAUUGUUACACUAUGACCCGCGGAUCUACCACGACUCUGGGUAACUUUGCCAAGGCGACUUAUGCUGCCAUCGCAAAGACCUACGCUUUCCUUACUCCGGAUCUGUGGAAGGAUCUACCACUGCUCAAGACUCCGUACCAAGAAUACGCUGACUUCCUGGAGAAGACCAGCAAGACCGGACAGCGUAUCAUCGAGCUGUAAGCUUGUAGGCUUACUAUUCGUGUUAAGGGUUACCUGUGCCUAGAAAUCAGGUACCCAGUGAAAAA